AUGGGAAGCGGCCUUUCUGGGGAGCAUGACGACACUCCCACAGCAGCCACGAAAAAGAUCGCGGCGUCAGCGCUACAAGGAGCUGUGACAAAGGCCCAGUCAGAGCAAGCCAUGAUCACGGCUUUCAAGUCUUUCGAUUCAGAUGGCAACGGCACAAUCAGCAAGAAAGAGUUUGCAGCGGUACUGUCAAAGCUGAACAUGAAGAUGACAGCGCGGCAGAUAGACUUACUUUUUGAUACUGUCGACAAAGACCAGGAUGGCCAUAUUGAGUUUGAGGAGCUUGUGUGCUGGCUUUGCGGCACGCCCUGCUUCACUAAGUAUUUCGAAGAGCUCGACUCUAUUUUGAGAGAAUACUCCGAAAAGAUCAAGCCAGUUGGAAGAGGCGAUGCGGUGAUCAGGAACGCCGAGUCCGUCAACCAAUGGCUAGCGAAGGAGCUCGAGAGAAGAAUACGCCCCGUUGUGAAGCAAGUCUUUCACCAAGCCGACAAGGAUUCUAAUGGGAUCCUCUCCGAAGAGGAGAGUGUUCUCCUUUUUUCGAAUUAUGCCCACAUGCUGGCAAAGCAUGCUGACACCAUCAUCCAGAUUUCCAAGCCGACAUGGCUGGAAAAAGGCCAUUGGGACAGGCAGAGCUUCAAGAAGCUGGUCAUGCCGAACUUGCACCAGAUCGUGACCGCGCAGAUGUCGGACUACGAGAGCCACAUCGAUGACAGACAUCGGCAAGCCUUUAAUGUCAUUGACAAGAACAAAGAUGGUCAUCUCAUCUUGGACGAAGUCGUGCAGUGCCUGACUCCAGGGACCUACCGGUACCGCGAGUUCCACAAGGCCCUUCAGCUUUACACCCCGGAGGGCUUCAAGGAAGCUUUCGACGCAGUGAUCACUGCGAAGCCCAAGAGAUGA